ACGCCCGUCGCGGCUCCCUACCAGAUCCCCACCGCCCCUGCUACCUACCGCUGCCGGCGCACGUCGACCUCCACCGCCCCUGCUCCGAUUUCACCUGACAACACAUCAGGUCCAAGUAGACAAAACAUUUCUAGUCCUCAACUAAUCACAUCUGCGGAACGAGGAAAACAUCGAUCCCCAAUAGCGCAGCACAAGCCCCCGGCUGCACCUCCAGCAGCAGCAACGCGCUAGAAUAUAGUUGGACACCAUGCGCCGCCGCCUCCUUUCCCUUCUCGCCGGAAUCUGGCCGGGAGGAAGGGUUUGGGGUGGCCGCAUCUUUCCUGGCGGUGGAGAGACGCCGGCGGGCAGGGCUGGCCCUGGCCCUAGGCAACCAUGGGCAAUGCCCAUGGGGCCCACGCCUGAGGAUGGCCCAUUACCGUCAUGGCGUCAUUAGCCGCUGCUGUUUUCUGUUUUUGCUGGAAAUUUUUUUUGUAAGCAAAGGCCCAGCCGACCAGAAAACGGAACGCAUACGGAUGCAGCGACGCAGACUACCCCGAUCGUGAGAGAGAGAGGAAAGGCAAAGCCCAGCGGGAGCCAUCCUGCGAUCGAUCUAGACCUCCUCUUCGUCGUCUUCGACUCGACCACCUCGGCUAGAAACGCUAGUCGGCCGCCUGGAGUCUGGAGAUCGCCCCUGCCCUUGUUCAUCUGCGCCUCGCCGUUGUACCUCACGGCCCACUGCUGGCUCCUACUCGCGGCUCGCCUGUGCCGGCUGCCCGACCCUGCUCCACGGUACACUGGGUUUGAAAUAUGAUGAAAAUCAAGAGGAAAGAUGUUCCAAGUAGAACAAUGAGCAGAAACUUGCGUUCAUCCGGUAGAUUCAUUGAUGAUGAAGGUGUACUCAGUCAAGAACUUGCUGCGAAGUUGUCUCCAAGCAUUGUCUGGCUUGCCUCAUUUGUUGGUGAAGAGCCCCAUUCAGUAUGCACAGGCAUAGUUGUCCGAAAUGAUCCACUAGGUGCAUCUUUCGUGACAUCUGGAGAUUUGGUUACAUCUAGAGAGUUCGUUACAACUCAAAAUUCAGGUUCUAUCGAUAAAUUAAAGAUAAAAGUGCAUCUACCAAAUGGGAAAAUGGUGAAUGCAUCUGUGCAAGACUACAAUGUAGCUUGCAACAUGAUUGUUGUAACCACUAAGUCCUUCCCUGAUCUCCGCCCAGCAUGUCUUGAUAAACAGAUGCAAGUUGAGCAUUCCACUCUGUUAUUAGCUGCAAGUUUAUGCCCCAUGUCAGACAAAUUUUUGGUCAAAACUGGGGUACUGACUAACAGUCCGAUUGGAGUUGAGAGUCAUGGAAUCAUGUGGUCCACGUGCGAGAUCACUGAGGCUGGAAAAGGUGGACCUCUUGUGGAUUUUGAUGGGAAUAUUGUUGGGAUGAACCUCUGUACGAGAGCGGGAGCAACCCAGUUCGUGCCAAAACAGUUGAUUGUUGAAUGUAUGUGUGAUCUUGGGUUCUGGAUCUAUGUAAAUAAUGUUCCCACGCCAUUUGACUUCAGUUCAGAAGGUACUUCAAGUCUAGAUACUAUAAGUAGCUCAAGUCAAAGUGGCUCAGGUGAGGGAAGUGAGAAUGAGAACCAGGAACCUUGUGCAUUUGCUAACCAUGGAGCUAAUGGCAUAUGGUGUGACCUCAAUGAAGAACUUGCUUCAAAGUUGUCUCCGAGUAUUAUCUCCCUUGCUUCAUUUGAUGAAGAGGGAUUGCAUUCUGAAUGCACAGGCAUGGUUAUCGACAGAAAAUUGUCUUCAGCCUCUUUUCUGACGACGGGAGGUUUGUUCAAACCAUUAGAUCAAGAUCUCUGGCAUGGUUUGACGAUCAAAGUACGCCUUCCAAAUAAUGAAGUGGUCCAUGGGCGGUUGCAGUAUUAUUCGGCUCCUUCCAGUUUGGCUGUUAUCAUCACCGAUUCCUUGCCGCCUUCCCUUGAUCUUCGUGUAGCUUGUCUUGGCAACGACAUGCAAGUUGAGCCGUCUGCUGAGUUAUUAGCUGUAAAUCGGUGCUUUGACUCAGGCAAAUUAAUGUCCACAAGAGCAAUCAUUGAGGCUGCCACUGGAGGACCACUUGUUGAUUGUGAUGGAAAUAUUGUUGGCAUCAACUACUGUGAGUGGGAAGAAAAUCCAUUCCUACCAAGUAAUAGUAUUUUUGAAUGCUUGGGGAGUGAUGUAAACUGGGCUGCAAGUAAACAAGAUUGUUGCCGUACAAAUAAGAUGCACAUACCUUCCACGCCUCAUAGCAACGGUCCAGAAGCUCACUGAUGAUGAGCUUAGGCGUAUACUUCCUCCCUGGCGACCUGAUGGAUUUACAGAACGAGUAAAUGCGAUCUUAGAUGCUUUUGGUUACCCCUUACCAAGUUUUGCUGAUGGUG